CCCUACCAACCGUUUUCGAGUCCAUAGCAACCGUUACGACUGGCCGAACCGAGCUGUUUUUGUCUCAGCAGUUUUCCUCUUAGCGUCGGUUAUUCUGUGUAUCUAAAGUAACAUUUUUGUCAUGGAGGAGAAGAGGCCACCGCUUCCAGCUAAGCGGGUUUUCGUGAACGACGUCCAUACGUAUGUUUCAAAGCACGUCGCCGAGAUGAUAGGACAUGUUGAACCUCCUGAGGAGUCGGAGGAUUCUGACUCAGACGAUGAGGAGGUUCCCCAGGAGGAACCUCCCUUUCAGGUCGUAGGAACUUCCAUCAAUGAGGAAAAAGUACAGAAUCUACACAAAUUGUAUGUGUCCCCAAGCAGAGAGGAGCUGCUGCAGGUGCUGCUGGAGUGUGAUGUUGUGGUUUACUGCGUCACCGAAAGUGCAACUCCACAGCAGAUUGAAGAGGCAACAUGGGCAAUAUCAGUCCUUCAGGAAGAUAUGGCAAGCUUUGAGACCCGGAGAUAUUUUAUUGUCGUCUCCACAUUGAUGACUUGGACAAAUUUCAGGAUUUCAGAUAUAAAUGAUGCAGGUCUCCCUUAUUUAGAAGAAGAUUUUCUCCGAAGAAGGCCUCAUCCCAAGUUCAGGAAACACAAUGAGCUGGAGAAACUGGUGCUCAAGUUGCCCCGAGGUAAAACAUCUAAGCUCAAAGGUUACGUUAUAUGUGCUGGGUUUCAGUACGGAAUGGGAGAAAAUCUCUUCCACUACUUUUUUAAGGUUUCAUGGUCAAUGCAGGAGCCAAAGGUUCCCAUAUUUGGAAGUGGUGAAAAUUUUAUUCCCAUGAUUCAUGUUUGUGACCUUGGAAGAGUGGUCCAAGAGAUCAUUAAGGUGAAGCCAAGCCCAAGGUACAUCGUUGCCGUUGAUGAUUCCAAGAACACGUUAGAGGAAGUUGUAAAGACUAUUAGUGAAAUGCUCGGGCCAGAAAAAAUCUGCAAGUUACUUCCAGAAGACGCCAUCAAAAUGAACGCUUUUAAGCCGGAAGAACUGGACUGUCUCAACGUCAACAUGCGAUUGGAUACUUCUAUAAUCAGCGACUAUUUGACCUUUGACUGGACGAGUGAAGAGGGACUGGUGAAAAACAUCAAGAGCAUCGUGAAGGAGUACAAACAAGCAAGACAGCUUUUUCCCAUUAAGAUCUGCCUGAUCGGCCCUCCGGCGGUGGGGAAGACGACUCUGGCCAUGAAGCUCUGCCAGCACUACAAACUUCAUUACAUCAACGUCAACAACAUGUUUGAUGAUAAAAUUUCUCAGCUGGAGACGACGAUAGCUACUGAGGAGUUUGAAGAGGAAAUUGGCGAAGAAGCUUUAGCUGCUGCACAGGAUCAACUGGAAUACCUCCAGAAGACUCUGGAGGACAACGAAGGUAUUCUGAGUGAGGACCUGAUUUGUGAGGUUCUGCGUGAAAAGCUUUUCUCUAAAGGAUGCAGGAACCAAGGGUUUGUUCUGGAUGGCUUCCCUGAGACUAUGGAUCAGGCAAAGAUGGUUUUUGCUGAUGAGAGUCUGGAGAACCAGGAUAUAGAUUUACUGUCCAAAACGCCGUGGUAUAACAAGUCAAUCACCCCAGAGUACAUUUUUGCCCUCCAAGCACCAGAUGAUUUCCUGAUCAAGCGAGUGCAAGAGCUUCCAGAGAGCGUAGUUGAGAAGAUGCACUACACCCAGGACGAAUUCACGUCUCGUCUGGGUCUAUACCGCCAUCUCAGCAAUGCUGCAGUAACCUUGUCGGAUUUUUUUGAUCACCGGGAACUCCAUCCAGAAUAUUUAGACAUCAGCUCAGAUGAUUCGGAGUACACAUGUACUAUGAAGAAGAUUAUUGAGAUCAUAGGGGAGCCCAAGAACUACGGCGGGACUCCAGAGGAGCAGGCGGAGCAGAAGAGAAAGAAAGAGGAAGAGAGACUGCAGAAACUGGCGGCGGAGGCAGCAGAGAGGAAGGCGAGGAAGCUGGCUGCUCUGGCUGAGAUGACGGGUCAUUACGAGGAUUGGAAGAAGAACCUGGGGAUGGUGGAGGAACAAGAGUCUGAAAUGUUGGAAGCCAAAGGUCUUCCUCUCAGAAACUACCUGAUGAAGUACGUGAUGCCUUCGCUGGGCGAGGCCAUGCUGGAGUGCUCCAAGGUCAAACCAGAAGACCCCGUCGACUUCCUGGCUGAACAUCUUUUACGGAACAGCACAGAAGACUGAACAACAUCAGAUCUAAACGUCAUGGACAGAUUGAGAUGAUUGAUUUGUGAUUUCACUCAAAGUCUUUAAAAUGUUAUGAUAAAAAGUACAGUUUCAAGCACUUAAUCCUCUAAUCUAAAUUCAAUAAAAGCAAGUUUUACGCAAUAGAAAACGUCACAUUUUGUCAAAAAUGUAAAAUCUUCACUUGUAAAUGUUAAAUUGCAGAUUAAAGAGCUGGUCUUUAUAAAAGGUUCACUUCU